UACUGAUAGGGCCCUCAGAUCAACCAGGAAGGUGAAACGAGUAAACAGAAGGCUGGGUGGACGCCAGCGAGGAGAAGAGACAAGUGGAGGAUAAUGAAUGCUUAUCUCCAAUCUUAGAAAGCUUUCCAUUUUACUCCAGGCUGUUGGGAACCAGCUUGGCUCAACGCCCCCAGGACCUGAGAACAUGGUUAAACCAGAUUUCUCACUUCAAGCACCACUCUGGGGAUUAAAUCCAAAGGAUGAGAUCCCAGCACUGUCCGUGUCUCGGCCGCAGACUGGCCUGUCGUUUCUGGGACCCGAACCCGAGGACCUGGAGGACCUGUACAGUCGUUACAAGAAGCUGCAGCAGGAGCUGGAGUUCCUGGAGGUGCAGGAGGAGUACAUCAAGGAUGAGCAGAAGAAUCUGAAGAAGGAAUUCCUCCACGCCCAGGAGGAAGUGAAGCGGAUCCAGAGCAUUCCCUUGGUCAUUGGUCAGUUUUUGGAAGCUGUGGAUCAAAACACAGCCAUUGUGGGCUCUACCACAGGCUCUAACUACUAUGUGCGCAUCCUGAGUACCAUUGACCGCGAGCUGCUCAAACCCAACGCCUCCGUGGCCCUGCACAAGCACAGCAAUGCACUGGUGGAUGUGCUGCCCCCGGAGGCCGACAGCAGCAUCAUGAUGCUCACCUCAGACCAGAAGCCAGAUGUGAUGUAUGCCGAUAUCGGAGGCAUGGACAUCCAGAAGCAGGAGGUGCGGGAGGCUGUGGAGCUCCCACUUACACACUUCGAGCUCUACAAGCAGAUUGGCAUCGAUCCUCCCCGAGGCGUCCUCAUGUAUGGCCCUCCUGGCUGCGGAAAGACGAUGCUAGCAAAGGCUGUAGCACAUCACACGACAGCUGCAUUUAUCCGUGUGGUGGGCUCAGAGUUCGUUCAGAAGUACCUGGGUGAGGGCCCCCGAAUGGUCCGGGAUGUGUUCCGCCUAGCCAAGGAGAAUGCACCUGCCAUCAUCUUCAUAGACGAAAUCGAUGCCAUUGCCACCAAGAGAUUCGAUGCCCAGACAGGAGCUGACAGGGAGGUUCAGAGGAUCCUGCUGGAGCUCCUGAAUCAAAUGGAUGGAUUUGACCAAAACGUCAAUGUGAAGGUGAUUAUGGCCACAAACAGAGCGGACACCUUGGAUCCCGCUCUCCUUCGGCCAGGACGUCUGGACCGGAAAAUUGAGUUCCCACUCCCUGACCGUCGCCAAAAGAGAUUGAUCUUCUCCACCAUCACCAGCAAAAUGAACCUCUCAGAGGAGGUCGACCUGGAGGACUAUGUGGCCCGUCCAGAUAAGAUAUCCGGAGCUGAUAUCAAUUCCAUCUGUCAGGAGAGUGGAAUGUUGGCUGUCCGUGAGAACCGCUACAUUGUCCUGGCCAAGGACUUCGAGAAAGCAUACAAGACUGUGAUCAAGAAAGAUGAGCAGGAGCAUGAGUUUUACAAGUGACCCUCCCCACGCCUCCGCUCCCCGCGCCUCCCCAGGCACCUGUCCCAAAGCCUAGUUUUCUCUUUACCCAGGAUUGGUUUAGUCAAUAAAUGGACGUGAUUGGAUCUAUUUAA